CGCCCCUGCGCUCGCGGGCCGGAAGCGCUCGCGCAGCGCAGCUUCCCCUCAGCGUUGAGGGGGGCAGUGGAGGCGGCGCCAUCUUGGCGGAGCCGGGAGCUGCGGGGCCCGUCCGAGCGGCGUGUCCGUUAAGUUGAUUUUACAGAAUUUAUCAGGUCUCCAAAGCAGAAACAGGUGAUUUUUGCUGUGGGUUGAGCUCAGCAUGGCUGUAGUCAUCCGUUUACAGGGGCUCCCUGUUGUUGCGGGUCCUCCAGAUAUUCGUCGUUUCUUCUUGGGAUUGAAUAUUCCUGAUGGAGGUGUGCAUAUUAUUGGAGGAGAGAUUGGGGAGGCUUUUAUUAUAUUUGCAACAGAUGAAGAUGCACGGCGUGCCAUGAGCUGUUCGGGAGGGUUUAUCAAGGACUCGCGCAUAGAGCUCUUUCUCAGCAGCAAGGCAGAGAUGCAGAGUACCAUAGAAAUGAGCCGAAAACGAUUUGACCGUGGGGGACGAGAAGGUAUGUCUGGCUCUAGAAGAACAGGUACUAAUGGUUCUAGCGCGUCAGGUGUUGGAGAUAUACCACAUUUAGUUACGGCUUCUCCAAAAGGAAUAAGAAAGCCUAGUUACGGGCCACCAAAUCGCCUGGAGGCUGGUUUCCAUACCAACGGCACGAGAUACGGUGAUAUGGGUAUACCUAAGUCAAACUAUCAGUUAAGAAAGGAUCCUCACCCGUUUAACCCAGAUGAUCGUUACUUAUUCCUACGUGGUAUACCUUACUCUGCAACAGAAGUUGAAGUACGUGGUUUCCUAUCGGGGAUACGUGUGGAUGAAGUGAUUCUGAUAAAGCACCGCAAUGGUUUAAACAAUGGUGACUGCUUGGUAAAAUGUGCUACCCCUGGUGAUGCCUUAGAAGGACUUAAACGUCAUCGGCAAUACAUGGGUCAGAGGUUUAUAGAAAUUAGUCCAACUACAGAGGAACGGUGGAUCGAAUGUGGUGGGAGGAUAGACGUGCCAGAUGAAAUGGAUCACUUUUUGUGUGAAGACCAUUCUCCAAGAAGUUCAGGCUACAUGCAUUCAAGGAAACAUUCUCGUUCACGAUCACCACGGAGACAAAGAACGCAUUCUCGUUCAUCUCCCAGUCAGGAAUAUUACAUACACUUAAGAAAUCUAUCUUUCAAUGUGGAGAAGAGAGAUUUGAGAGAUUUUUUUCCUGAUCUGGAUAUACACAGCAAACAGAUCAAGAUUCUAACAGAUAAGCAUCAGAAAAGGACUAGAGAUGCCUUUGUGGUGCUAAGGAAUGAGAGAGAAUAUCAGGCUGCUUUGGAAUGUCAUAGAAAGGUUCUUCUCAAUCGACCUGUGUACAUUUUUCCAAUUUCAAGAAAGUCAAUGUUGAAAAUAAUUGACUCUUGUGAGAGGAAAAGAUCACUGGACAGAGAUCAUCUUGGACAGGCCAUAUCGGAAAAAAGUUACCGGGAAGGUCAUUCUAGCCCUAAAACUUGUGUUUAUGUAAGGAAUUUUCCAUUUGAUGUGUCAAAAAUUGAAGUGCGAAAGUUCUUUGCAAGAUUUGAUAUUGACGAAGAUGAUAUUUACUUGCUCUAUGAUGAAAAAGGAGUUGGACUGGGAGAAGCACUAGUGAAGUUUAAAUCUGAAGAACAAGCUAUGAAAGCAGAAAAUUUAAAUCGCCAAACAUUUUUGGGAACAGAAGUUUUAAUAAGACUUAUAUCUCAAGAUCAGAUGGAGAAGUUUGGUGUAGCUGCACCAUUAUCUGCACCAAAUCAAAUGCACAGUCAUUCACAUCUGUAUGACAGAAGUGACCUCUCCCGUCCAGUUGGUUCACCAUCUGGGCCACCACAAGGGCCGCCCAUGCAUUCAUUUGGUCCCCCUGGGAAUUUCAGGCAUCAUUCUGAAUUUAGACAUCCCCCUGAGGACUUCAUGUGCCCUCCUAAGGAUUUUAGGGGUCCACCACCCCUCAUGGAUUUUGGUGGUGACAGUGAACCUUUUGGCAGAAUGGAGUUCGGGAAUAAUAAAAUGGGAAAUUUUCCUGAAGGAAGAUUUAUGCCAGAGCCAAAUUUCAGUGGUGGUUCUGAACGUGUUGUUCCUGUUCUGUUGAAAAAUUUACCUUUUAAAGCUACUCCUAAUGAGAUUCUGGAUUUUUUCUAUGGCUACAGAGUGAUACCAGAGUCUGUUUCUGUGCAGUACAAUGAACACGGAUUACCUUCUGGUGAUGCCAUUGUUGCUAUGACAAACUAUGAGGAAGCUGUGGCUGCUAUUAAUGAGCUGAAUGAUAGGCCCAUUGGUCCACGGAAAGUGAAGUUGAGUUUGCUGUAAAGGAGGAAAAGAUGCUCUAGUAACACAUUCUAGGUUUGACAGUAUUGACGGUUAUUUUAACUUUUAAUUACUGGAAGAUGCAAAAGAGUUUCUAUCAACGGUUGUAAAUAAUACCCAGUUCAGUUGUUAACCGCUUGGUUGAAAUACCUGUAGGACAUUGAAUGUCAUACAUCAAGGUGUAAAGGGGUGGAGUUGUAAUGCUUUGGUUUUUUUUUUUUUUUUAAAUUAAUUCCAGUCUUACGUCUUUGCAUCAAAUAAAAACGUAAGUGCUGGUUGCCUGACCACACAAAUGGUUCAAAUAGAUUUUCAGUGCUACCUACGUUAGUAUAUGAGACUUCUUACUGAGAUUAGCUUAGUAAGAUUUUAAAAAUUACUGAUUUUUUUCUUUUUGUGCAAACUUUUCAGAUUUUAUUCGGUUUCAUGUGUUUGCAGGCAUUCCUGUUUAAGAGCUUCCUGUUCUCAUUAGCUGGCCUUGCAACUUUUUUAAAAUAAAAAGGAAAUUUCCAUUUAAA